AUGGCGCGAGUCGACCAAGGGAUCUCGCGAGCCAGCGCAAUGAGAGCGAACUACGAAGCCUCUCUCGGCAACAUCACCAGCGCCAUUAGAAGGGGUGGUAUCGGCCAGGUCCUCAAGACUCUGGGCAUUAACAAGGCCGAGCCAAGCGUGCACGUCAACGUUGGCAAACAGCAGUCUAGCAGCAAGGACACCUCUGGCAAGGCCGAAGGGCGCGGUGGUCUCGUUGCGGAUGGGGAGCGAUCAGCCCAACGCACGCUAGGCGUCAGCUUGCUUGGAGCCUGCAGCAGCAAGGGCUGCCCCACCAAGUCCGUUGAAAACGAAGACCGAUACGUGCAUGGCAAAGUCCACGUCGACAUGAGCAAGCUUCAAGGGUUGGGCGUACAGGCUGACUCUGAUGGCCAUGGCAGCGGCAAGGGUAAGGUUCCGUGCUGGGCUUUCGCCACGUUCGAUGGCCACGCGGGCCCUGCCUGCGCGCACUUCCUCAAGGAGAACUUCAUGGCUCACCUGAGAAAAACCGUCGACACAAGAUACAACGCGGCCAAUGCCAAGACGACCCACAGCACCACCACUAGACAGGCCCAGGGCAACGCGGACGCGGGAGCAGGCAAGCUGAAGCAAGAGGAGGAAGAAGCUUCCGAGCCGCCGAGAAAGGACGGUAGCGUUGGUCACGGUGGCGGCGACGGUAACGACAACGCCGACGUACCUCCUCGAAAACUGAGCCCUUCCGUGGAGGUGGUGCUGGCGCGUUUGCUAACCGACACCCUGGCAUCGUUGACGCGGGAGUUUGAGGAGGAGGCUCUCGAGAUCGGAGAGAUUUCGGGUGCUUGCGUGAUCUCCGGUUUGUAUUGCGAGGGAGCCCUCGUGCUGGCGAACGUGGGCGACUGCCAGGCGGUUUACCACGGACAGGUCAAGAGCGCUCCUGGUGAUGCUGUCACUGCGCAGACGACGGUCCACGACGGCACCAACCCCGCGGAGGUGAACCGUUUCCUCAUGGCCGGUGGGUACAUAAGUGCCUCCGGGCGUUUCCAGGGGGUGUUGGAGCCGAGCCGCACGGUGGGAGACGUGGACGUGAAGGCGGACUGCCCGAAAGGCUGCAUCGCUUCUUUCCCAGAGCUUUUCAAGGUGGACAUCGCGAGCGACGUGUUCCAAGGUGACGAGAAGCCGUCCGUGCCGCCUUUCCUCGUGCUAGCCACCGACGGGAUCUGGGACGAGACUACGGCCAACAUCGUGGUUGACGAGGUCAAGGACGGCAUCGCCAAGAUCCAGGCCCACAAGCGGCGCUUCGCCAUCCGCACAAGAAGCGGUGGCAAGCAUAAGCGAAACUUAUCCUUCGGAUCGACGACCUUCACCGACGGCGAGAGCGACUCGGAGGACGAGCCGAGCGAGUUUUGUGGAAGCGGCGAGUGGGCUGAGCAAGGGAUGGACCUCGCUGAGCGAGUGGUGUCUCUCGCCAGGGGACGGUAUGACGACGCCACGGCCCUGGUAGUCGUGUUCGAGUAGCUCAAACGACAGCGGUAUAGCAACGUAGCUACCACACCAAGUUAAAAAAUGGCGCGUCGUAUAGCAGUCAGUUCUCCGCCGGUGUGGCUACACUUGUCAGUUUCCAGUUUCCAUCGCGUGUAUAUACAUAUUUACACGGUGCAAGGCGGGACAGGGCCUCGGGUUCGAGGUUCCAAUACAUGUUAACCUGCUGCUGUUGUACUGCUGUCGUCGUUGAUGACAGCGACCUGUAUCGGAAGGAGUGAGUCAGUGAGGGCGCACCUCGUUCCUACAUCGUGUAUUCGGGCACAGUUGCCAUCGGUUUUGAAUGGCACGUAUGCUUACUGUAUGCCGUGGAUAUCUUCUUUCCUUUGGUUUUGAUGCCUUGACGUCGGUCUCUUGUCUGACUGUCGACACGGAGUCCUCGGGCUGCCUUUUCCUGUUUUCAACCCCCUUCUAUGCAUCUGUACCGUCCCAUAUGACGGGCCAGGGGGAGGGGGGGGGGUGGCGAGAACGAGAAGAAUCUCGUGGUGUCGAUGUUUCUUUUUCUUCUGUUGUUUGUUGCCCUUUUUGUGUGUGAGGGGGAGAGAGAGAGAUGGACGAUGCGGCAACAUCUUGACUGCACCGUUGGCCGUUGGCUUGCUCCUUUUGUGUGUUUUCUGUGCUUGUAUUCGUGGAAGCUGGCAUGAAACCAGCGUCAGGUGUGUUCGAGUUUGAGAGCGACGGAGUGUAGUUUCGCGCUCGCAAUUGUUGUGUAUUAGUGUAGUAGAACGAACGUAUUGAUUGAAUUGCGUCUGGGUUAGGGGGGUUGGAGGUCAUGGAGCCAUCGUGAGUUCAGCGAUGGACCAGGGUGGAAGAGUUACCUCUUCUCCUUUUGGGCGGGUGGGGUUUCAGCAACAUCGAAGAGUGGUGAUUUUUCGUAUUCUCCUUGGGCAAGGACUUGAUGGAGAGCCGGCGGAGCCCUCAGCGUCCUCAACUUCGUGUUUGUGGGAUGAACAAUCCCUGCUGGAUAUGCGUUUGUAGGUGUGCAAAAGGGGCGAGCGUAAGACUCCCUUGGCUUUGGGGAUAGGGUAGGGUAUGUAGGGCUUUUCAGCGCCGUAUGCAUACGCGAGGGUAAGAAACCAUCGUUUCACAGCAGUUCGUUCCUUCGUGUGGACACCCUUUUUUGAGUCUCGUUGUGUGCAUGUAUCAAGGGCGGUGGACGUUGCGGGGCCGCCUUGAUAGCAUUGUCGGGUUAAAUGACGCCGAAUGUUCUCGACGUUGGGAGGGCACGAGGGAGAGGAACACACACCGUAGUUCCUCGUGGGCCUGUAACGGAGAGAUAGGAUUGGAUGCCUUCGGAGUGAGUAGAGUUGCAUGUAUGGAGCGUCAUGUAUUGAACGUUUUCCUUGCAUUCAUAAAUAUGUGGUAGUGUUUCUCCCUUACACGGGGGAUGGACAUACAUCUGUUUCUCUAAACAUUAUUCAUUCAUUAGAAA